AUGAGGCGUGCGUGUGUGUCUCUCUCUGUGGUACAUGCACCUACUUCUGGUGCCCAGCUCUACUCGCUCGCCGUCGGCUUCCUCCUGCAGGUCAAUGCGGAUCCCUAUUCGCCGCGUCCGCAAGGCCCGGCCAGGGGCAACCGCCUUAGUGCCACAGAUCUUGUUAUGCAGCCCGCAUUAAACAAGUCUGUACUUAUGAGUACUUCUUCAAGACCAACGGGUGUAAGGUGGGCCUGGAUGCUACGUGAUGCGGCCUCACUUCACAAGUGCUCACCUUACAGGCACAUGUGCAGGCGUAGGUUCCGGCAUCGCAUGGGCAUGGAUUCCCCCUCUCGGGCAUCACAGCCGCAGCGCUGCACGGGCCAGCCUGAAGCAUCCAUGGAUGGGCCAUGA